GCUUCUGGCUGCAAGUGAAUGAAGCCAUGUGCUGUUCUGUAAAAUGGCGGCGCGGUGGAGUGGAAAAGAUGAGAAUAAAAUCACCGGCAACACGGGAUUUAUGGUCUCGAACACGUAUAAUGAGGCUGUCCUGUGUAAAGGGGAAGUCCGCGGUCUGGGCAUGGAUGCUCAUUCCUGCCUGGACCCCUCCAUCCUGGCCAUAUUUGAAGACUCCACCGUAGAGGCUAAGAGCCGACUGGAUGAGGAGAACGAGUCCACCCUGCUGACUGCCCUGGCAGACAUCCUGGACUGCGUUGACGAUGAGACCCUGUCCCCCUUCGACACCCUGCCGGACACCGGGCUGUUCUCGGAUCAGAGGCUGCGGGAAGACUCGCAGUUGAGGAGGUUAUUGAGUCUGGCACGAGCCCCUGCUGAUAAAGAACCACGCUUUGGUCCCACAAAGUUUCCCUCCAUUGGAAAGGUUGAGGCAGCCAACCCCGACCGACCCAGGUGGUCUGUGCUGGCCCGCAGAGCCCACGGCUCUUCGUCGCCUACAGCCGUGCAGCGGAGCGACGGCGAGGAAGAGGAGGAGAGUACUGACACCGAGGAGAAGACGCGUCAGGGAUUCACCCGUACCAGUCAGGAAUCCACAAGACUGCUGAACUCCGUGAGGAACGACCACGGCUAUUAUUCCGCCGUGUCUCUGGUCGACCUGGUGAAACUAAUGCACCCCUACUGCCUGAAAGUGGUCCUGGAUGACGAGGGGGACGAGUUCGGCGCGCCCAGACGGGACCAGAGCGCGGACCACGGGGUGCGCCUGGAGGGAGAGGUGUGGAGGUAUUCCGAGCCUGGUUCGGAAGAGAGCGACGAGGAGGUCGACGUGGACGGCUCGGGCGACGAGGGCCCUUCUGUGGGAGGGGGGAAGAUGGAGGUUGAUGGAGAACGGGUAGCUGUUGGAGGGAAGCCGCUGAAGGGUGUGCUGGUGAAGUGGGAUGUUCCCAAAGAAAGCCAGAAGGCCAGGGAGAAGAAAAGGGUGACCUUUGGACCAGUCCUGGUGACGUCCUAUGACCUACCGACUCCAGAGGAACCCGACUUAAAUGUUCUCCCGGACUUGAGUGAGCUCACAAGCCAAAUCCCCAGUGCCGACAUCGCAGGGAAUACCCAAACGGCAGCGGCCAUGUCUCACGAAGCAUCGUCUCGCCCCGAGGACAACCGUCCAGUUGAGACUGACCAACCGGAACGAGCUGCUGAGAGGCUGCCGUCAGAGCUCCAACCACAGCAAGGCGAGUCCAAGCCACGCCCGGCCCUCAGUCUGCAGCAGUACCGCCUGCUGCGCCAGCGCAAGACACUCCCCCUGGUGGCCAAGCCGGAGAACCACACCACCAAGUGGCCCUCUCUACCCGAAACCCCUAAGGAGUUGCCCCCCAUACCCUGCUUACAAAGACCAGAACACGCCCAGCGGGUACCGGAGGUGAGUCCGACAUGUCACAGACCACAGUCAACUGGGACCAGACCAGACCACGGGCCAGACCGCGGGCUGGUACAGUCAGGAUAUGUAGCCAAGGUAAAGACCAUCUCCCCUGCCGGUGCCAGUAUAUCUCCGAAAGGCGUUGGCGACACUGGAUCAAAACCGGCACGGCUUUGGGCCAGGAAUCCGGUUAGCUCCUGUUUAAAGUCUAAGCGCCACUCUGUGGAGGCCAGAACUGCCAGGGGUGUUGGUGUGUUGAAAGGGGUUCGGACCUGCGCCGAGACAAUCUCACCUGCUAGUCCUUUGCCGAGUCCCAAGCUGGGUUUGCACCCAGUGGCGGGUGUGGAUCAGGGCAGGUCAAGCUCUGAGAAGAGGGGUGUCCCGGUGAGCAGUGACCCCCCGAACCCCGUCUUGGUGCCACUUCCAGGCGCCCGUCCUCUCUUUGAUGGAUUUGAUGGGACCAAUCAGGAGCUACAGAGGAAUCGGCCUCCGACCAGGGGCCCAGCGCCUCCGGGUCCCGUGCCCGGAAGUGUCCACCGCCAACGGGGGCCGAGCUUGAAGAGCAGCGGCCUCCUCGUGGAGAUCCAGCAGAGGCUCUCCACCAAACGGCCGACGCAGAAAACUCCAGCGCCAAGUCCAGCAACAGCAAGCGUUCAGGCGGACGCGGGGAUCGUAAAGCAGCGGCGUCAGUCUAAGUCUCUCAGCCUAAGGACAGCUACGGAGGCGUCAUUAGAAGGGCCCCCGUUAAUUCCAAGCACCCCGGUAACAGCAAGUCCAUCCUCUGUCACUCCACUCCGUUCACCCACCCCUGCUAUAACCCCUCACCCAGAGAUGGAGAGGGAAGGGCGGGUAACGCUCGCGGCCCAAGCCCCUGUUCAGCCGGGUAGCACCUGUGCGCCGACGCCCACCUGCGACACAGUAAUCGAAGCCAUGGACGUGACCAGCCUACUAGAACGCUUUGAGGAGACCCAAGCCCAAGAGGGGAGAGAGUCUGAGAGUGACCAUGAGGUCAGUCCCACGAGGAGACCUGACAGCCACCCAGAGCUGGUCAGGACAGCACUGAGUCCCAGCGACGACACUGAAGGUUUGCUUGGACUGCAAGGUGCUAAUCUCCUCAGCACUCAGGAAGAAACAUGUCCAACAGAAGCACAAGUUGUCGACACACUGGAAGCGCCCAAAACUACCGCUCCGAAACCUCCAAAAACUCUGGAAUCCAUCACAGUUCCGGGUCCCGACGGAAAUCCAGAAGAACCUCUCAGGCCCCAAAGCGCGUCCAGCACUCAGGAACCGGCCCCUCCGGCCCAGCCACGCUGGAGACCCCUCACCCCCGUUUCACCUCAGAGCAAACCGCCGGCGACCCAGAAGCCUUCCCCUCCCAAGGCCAUCCAAAUCAUCGACCCCCGUCCUCUACCACCCAAGAAGGUGCACCCCCUCGCCCCAAAGCCCCCUGCCGCCUCCACCAAGCUUCAGACAGCCGUGUCUGUGUCCCCCGACCAUGACUACUGUCUCACCCCGCGUCAGCCAGAGACUAAUGUACCUACGCCGUGCGGCAAAAAACAAUCGGCCCUACCCAAUGGACCACCAAUCACCAACCCCCCCUCAGCGCCUGGCACACAGAACUCUGCAGAAUUUGUUCUGCAGCAACAGCCAGUAGGGUGUGGGACCUUUCCGCAGACAGAACUUCUCUCCGACUCGCCGCUGCCGUCCGUGGAGAGCUCCCCCUCCAGGACGGAGGCCAGUACUGCCGGGGCUGCACAGGAAGAGAGGGCCGGCGACCGUCCCGCCCACCGCCCCCCUGGCAGAGGGCGGAGGUCAGCCCGGCGCUAUCGGACCAGGUCAUCGUGCUCUGACUCCAGUUCCAGGUCUCCUUCUUCGUCGUCCUCGUCCUCAUCUUCCUCCCAGUCCCGCUCCCCGCCGAGGAAGAGGUUCCGUCGGAGGCGCUCUGAGAGCGGCUCCUGCUCCUCCUCCUGUUCUUGCUCCCAGUCCGGCUCCCGGUCCCCGGGCCCCCGCCGGUACCGGCUCCCCUACCCCCGGUCGCGGUCGCGCUCCUGGAGCCACUCCCGGUCCAAAUCGAAGUCCUGGUCCCGGUCCAGAUCGCGCUCCAGAUCCAGGUCCCGGUCUCCCUCGUCACUGGCUUUCAGGAGGAGGUGGGGAGGCUGCUACAGGUCCGGCCGCAGCAGUGACUCCAGGAAACAACAGAGACAACAACAAAUGAGGGAAAGGAAAUUAAAAGCCAUAGAUGAGCGUAGGGUGGUGUAUGUGGGUCGCAUCGGAAGGGCUAUGACUCACGCUGAGCUGAGAGAACGCUUCUCUUUGUUCGGAGAGGUAGAGGAAUGUACUCUUCACUUCAGAGACAGGGGCGACCACUAUGGCUUUGUGACGUUCUUCAACAUGGAGGACGCGUUUGCAGCAAUUGAGAAAGGCUACAAGCUGAGGAGACCUGACGAGCUGCCCUUUGACCUCUGCUUUGGCGGCAGGAGGCAGUUCUGCAAGUCCACGUACGCUGACCUGGAUUCUAAUCGUGAAGAGGUGGAUCUCCCUCCUGCGAAAAGCAAGUUUGAGGAGAUUGACUUUGACACGCUACUGAAACAGGCUCAGAAUGGACUGAAGAGGUAGAAAAGUCUUGAAAAAGAAUAAAUGAUCAUUGAUGGAGAGGAGAAACAGGCUGAGUUUCACGUGUCACCUAUGCCAAGUAAAGUGCACUACCCAUAAGGCACUGGUCCAAACAUUGGUUGCCACCUUAUGGGUUCAUUUGGGACUCACACAUUAUGGCCAGAUUUACCUCACUGCGGUACACAUGCUCACACUUUAAAGGUAGACUCGAUUUGACAGACCUUGCCGACCAAUCAAGCAGUGGACACACCUCAGAACUCAUACUGGUCACUUUCACUUUGGCAAGUUCCCUUCAAAACCAGAUGCACUUCGAUUGCCACCUUGAUUUCCAGUCCGCCUGUGAUUUAGCCUGAGGGCAGGAGUGAACACCUUUGCUCACUUGGAGGGUUUAGGCUCCUUGUGAGUUUGCAGCUAAACAUUGCUCAGCUGAACAAAAAUAUAAAUGCAACAAGUGUCCCAUGUUUGAUGAGGUUUAAAAAUAAAAUAAAUGAAAUGUUGCAUAUACGCACGAAGAGCUUAUUCUUCAUAAUUUAAUAAAUGUAUAUCUAUUACCUGAAACUGGAACUCCGUAAGAUAUUUGAAAUGUUGGUAUGUUUAUUAAUUUUUUUGUUCAGUGUAGUUCACACUCCCUUGCUUGGGCAAGUGCACACGCAAGUACACUUGGAUGUGACCAUGUAAAACGGUUCAAGGGCUGUCUACUUCGUGCUUGGACGGCAGCCAAAGAUGCAGCAUAUAAACAUGGCGGGUCGGUAAACAGCCGGUAACUACGAAGACAGCUGAAGUGCCGGACUCAACGUCUUCGCUGUUUUGGUUCCCAUGGUUACUGUACUGCAGCAGUUGACGUGAACCGGGGCACGUGCUCUGAUAGUGUGACUGAGGGGGCGAAGUGUUGCUGCGUCUGCGGUGCUGCUCGCAGAAAUAUAUUUUGGCCGAGACUACCUUUAACUUGGUAGUACUGUGUUGUAUUGAUUUGUUUGUGGUUUUUUACGAUGCUAGCAAAACUUUCUGGAUGCAACAAAAAUAUUGUUUGAUUUUGGUUCUGUUUAUUUUUACCAAAAAUAAUAGAAUUGUUUAAAGUGCAAUGUUUUUAAAAAUGGAUGUUUUAAAUAUCAUUUUUGCUAUCCUUAUACAUUUGAAAGCUUUGUUAAUUGCCUUUGUCUGUUACAAUAAUGUAUAAUAAGUUGUUUCCUUGGUUUAUUGAAUUACUAUGUCUAUGAAUGAAUAAAUACCUGUGUUAUUGUUGAACUUUGAACUUGUGAAUCAUAACCACUUUAAUAAACCGUAACAGUAAGUCACUGUACAAUGAAGUUGACCCUGUAAAAUGCUGCAGACGAAUAGACUAAAGAUGCAGGUAUGUAAAGAAAAUAAAUAUAGAA